UAGGUAGAACUUACAUAUGUAUGUACUUGUACCGUCUUAUCCGUCGUACACAUUUCUUUCUACCAAUUUUUGAAGACAAGUCGACCUCAAUUAAUGCCAAGUACUGCAGUUAUGUUAUAGACUUGACAGCUUAUUACUAUUUCACAUCUCCAGUUGAUUUUCUAUGUCUUUGCGACUCUAUCUUUUUGAUUUGAAUUUCGUUUUCGACCUUGAAAUUUGAACCCGCCAACUAGCUAAGAAACGUUGAUGAAGUAAAUCUCACGAUCAUUAAUACUAUCACAGUAGCUGCACAGUAGCUGGAGAUACAGACCACAAGAAACAGCUGUCCUGAUCUAGCGCCCUGCGUAUCAACCUAGAAUAAACAAACUCAAGUUCUACCCAUCAUGGCGCAACUUCUACUCGACCUAUUUUACUCAUUUGGCAAUUGCUUGAAUUGCUUUCCAGGAUCGCCGACCUUAAAGAUCAACAGCCGAUCCUUCAAGAUACUGCGCCUGCUAGGUGAAGGUGGAUUCAGUUAUGUGUAUCUCGUACAAGACACAUCUACCGCAGAGCUCUUUGCUCUCAAGAAGAUCCGAUGCCCAUUCGGCGCCGAGUCAGUCCAACAAGCGAUGCGAGAGGUCGAAGCCUACAAGACAUUUGCCCACACUCCCAGCAUCAUCCACAGCGUCGACUACUCCAUAGCGAGCGAGCGAAAUGAUGCAGAUGCCAAGACUGUAUAUGUGUUGCUGCCCUACUACAGACGAGGCAACCUACAAGACAUCAUUAAUGCGAACCUGGUAAACCACACUAAUUUUCCAGAGAAGGAACUCAUGCACCUGUUCCUCGGCGUCUGCAAGGCCCUCAAAUACAUGCACAAUUACAAAGCGCCAUCAGGUGGGGAGCGCAUGGAAAUGGGCAAUGCAAAAGCCGGCGAGGAAAAUGUAAAAGGCAGAAAAGGAAGGGGAAAGCGGAACAAAGCUGUCGCGGCAGCAGACGCAGAUGACGAGACAGAACAAGCUCGACCUUUGAUGAUAAAUGAGGAAGUUGUGGCGCCCGGUGAACAGAGGUCUUAUGCGCACAGAGAUAUCAAGCCAGGUAACAUCAUGAUUGAUGAUUCUGGUUCACAGCCCAUCAUCAUGGACUUGGGCUCUAUUGCCGAUUCACCCAUUGCCAUCACUACACGUUCUCUUGCUAUUGCUACGCAAGACAUUGCCGCAGAGCACAGCACGAUGCCUUACCGAGCCCCGGAGCUAUUCGAUGUGAAGACGGGAGCAAUCAUUGACACCAAAGUUGACAUCUGGUCCCUAGGAUGCACGCUAUAUGCUUGUUUAGUAGGCAAGUCGCCAUUCGAAAUGCGUAGUGAUGAGACGGGUGGCAGUCUUAGCAUGUGUGUGCUAGGAGGGGAUUGGCGAUUCCCGGAUGAGACUCCUAGGGGUCAGAAGAAAGGAAAGGCUCCUGCAGACCCUAACAAAGGCCCCGAGGAAGGGGUUAUUAGUGAGCCAAUCAAGGAGGUGGUUAGGAAAUGUCUGAAAGUUGAACCGAAUGAACGGCCAGACAUUGAUGAGUUAAUAGACAUAGUGGAAGAGGUGAUUGAGGAGUUACCGGAGGAUGAUGCAUAAGAGGCGGAGGCAACUUUCCAGGCUCUACUUUCCAGGUUGUUGAGAGGCAGAAGCAGGGGUAGGGCUGGAAGCAAAGCCCAUUGUGUGUAUAAUGUAUAUUAUCGUUCUGUAUCGGAUGGUUAGGGGCAGGCAGGCCAUGGAUUUUGUGAUGACAUUGACGGCACUGCUCUGGGAGCAAACAAAUUCACGUAUAUACCCUAGACUUUGAACAGCUUGUUUGGUCGCGGUAUAGGAAAUAGGUACUAGGUUAGGUAUUAUUAGGGCCUUGUGGUACUGGGUAGUUGAUACCUUUUCACUGUAAUUCACGAUGACAGCAGAUAUUCAUAUAUGACGAAUCAAAUGUGCAUGAUGUCUUUUA